UUUACAGAAUAGGCCCAGCAAGAGAGAGGCGAGGAGGGAAAAGGGGGGCUGCAGUAACAGUAGUGGCAGCAGCAGCAUCUCUUGAGGAGUGAGGGAGUCAAGAGAAGUGCAAUCUUUUCAUCUUUUGACCGAGCCAGUCUUGUGGAUUAAUUCUUUAAUUUUCUAAGCCAAAAUACAAGAGCUCAUCCUUGGACUCUGUCGCAAUCUCCGUCUCUUUCACUCUGUCUCUCUGCCUGCCUGGUACUGCCAUCGUAGGCAGUAUUUACUGUACAUGGCACAGUGGGCAACUCUGUUUGCCUCUCUUUCACGCUUUCCCUCAUCAUCUCUCUGAACUUUAUUCUUUAACCGUCUCAUUUUACUCUCAUCUAUCACGUUUCAUAAUUUCAUUUCUUCCAUCUCUCCUGCUCUUCCUAUUGUGUCCUCCUUCUCUCUUCCUCUCUUCUUUCUGCUGUCUCCGACAAAAGCACCAAUGUGCAGCCAGAGGAAUUGGCUGUUAGCCUUAGCUUUUAGCUAUCUACAUCUUCACUGAGAAUAAGGCUUUUAGGGGUGACCCCUUCUACCACCAUCCUCUGGCGUCCACUACUGACCUGCCCCCCCACCCGCCAGUGCAGGGUGGGAUGGGCAGGGUCUGGGGGAGUUAGCCAGGGGCUCGAGGGUUAGCAACAGGGCAGGCGAUGCCAGAUAGUAAAGUACAAGGAGGAGGUGGAGGUGGGUGCUCGCGGGGCAAGUGGAAGCUGAGGAAAGGAGGCAGCCGUUCAGCCAUCCCAGCACUCUUCACCAUCACUGAGGAAGAGGAAGAACGCAGAGAUGCUCGCAGGAGGAAGAAAAGAGCUUCUUACUCCCACUAUAAAUCGGAGGAUGGCAGAGCGUCUUCAGCCACCCGUCCUAGCUCCUCGGGCUCCGGACAGACCUACACUCCCACAUUGACCCCAACCCCCACCCCGACUCACACCACCACUAGCAACAGCCCUGGUAACAAUGUUGCCACCAAAACCGACUCGUUGCUCUUCAACAAGAUCGACGAGAGACAGAGGUUAGCCCGUGAGCGCCGCGUGGAGCGUGAGAAACAGAAUGCUGUCAAGGAGGCCCAGUGGCAGGCACGUGAGGAGCGAGCCAGGCAGCACUAUGAGAAGCAGCUGGAGGAGAGGAGGAAAAAGAUGGAGGAGCAGAGGAUAAAGGAGGACAAGAGACGGGCUGCCGUGGAGGAGAAACGGCGGCAGAAACUUGAGGAAGACCAGGUUCGUCAUGAGGCGGUGAUGCGUCGGACGUUGGAGAGGAGCCAGAAAACCAGACCAAAACCCAACCGGUGGUCUUGGGGCGGUGCACUGCACAUAAACACUCCCAGCACGACAGCCGGUUUUGUCGAGUCAGCUUUCCUCUAUCCACUCGACCUUGCUGGACUGGAGCACAUGCAGAGUGCUUUCAGUCUCUACCGCAGAUACGGAGUGACCUCCCAAUAUGCUGACAGGCGGUCAGUGUCCACAAUGAAUUUAUCCAAACACACAGACCCUGUUUUUACCAAGCGCCUCUCCUACUCCUCUGCCACACUCCUACACUCACCAGACCGAGGCUUACAGAUGAGAACAUCCUCCACCCCUGUCAUUAGCAAAGCUCAGUCAAAACCCCGCCUACACCAGGGAAAGACCACCCAGCACAAAAACACAGGUGUUUUCUGGGAACUUUUUGCAGUUUGGUCCCACAUAUUAUAUGUUACACACUAUGUUGGAAAGCAAAAAGAUCAUGGGCUGGAAACUGAUGAGGAAUUGCUUCUUCUCUUUUUUUUUUUUUACCAAACAUCUUCUUUUCAUUCCUCUCAAUCCUCUGCUGGCCUUCACAAACUCAUGGCUUCUCUUUGCAUCCUUCUCAUUUCUUCCUCUUCUUCCCAAUCUCUCGCUCCGUGCUCCUGUUUAUCAAACCCUUGCUCAUCAAACCCUCACACUGCCCUGAUCUAUACCUUCCUCAAAACACUCCAAAUUCCCAUCUCGUACAUCACCGUAGCCAUGCCUGUUUGUCCUCGCUCAGUGUCCUGCCACCCCAUGGGCUCCAUGUCCUUCAAAGCCCUGCAGGCCCAGCCGCUUCCUCACUGCCGCAGCCAGGAGAGGAACCUCAGCAGGGGGGCGGUCUCGUCUACCACCACGACUGCUCGCAGGAGGACCACUGGCAACACAGAGCAGAAGGACCGUAACCAUGUCAGGAAGUCAUGGAGCAACCUCUCACUCCCAUUGGCUCCCAUUCUGAGCUUGCCCCCCAACAAGCGCUCCUCUUCUCCAAGCAAGAAGACCAGCAAAGUGACAGCUCCCUCUCCUGGCAGGCCUCCACAAAAGAUAGGAGGACGCCCCCCGACCCCCAAGCUGCUUAAGUCUCCGGGGACAGAGGACCCUGGAAAUCUUCGUCCUUACAGGAUCACGCCUGAGAGCCCCCAAUCCACCAGAGCCCAAGAAGGGGAGGAGGAAGAGCAGGUCCUCACUCCUCUUCAGCCUCGCCCUCAGCCACUGGGUCAGAACAAGACCAGUAAUGAGCAGACACCAGCAGUAGCCAGCGAGAGUGUAAGCAGUCCUCCAGCCCACAAGCCCUCAGCAGGCACCACAGAUCCAGAGGAGGCGAGUCGUAUCCUGACUGAGAAUCGUCGGCUGGCCCGCGAGCAGAGGGAGCGAGAAGAAGAGGAGCGCAAGCAACAGGAGGAGCAGCGCAGGUUAGCGAAGGAGGAGAUGGCUCGCCGUAAGGCAGAGGAGCGGGCAAAGAGAGAGGAGGAGGCUCAGCGUCAGGCGGAGGAGAUGAGAAGGAAGGAGGAAGAGGAGAGAAAGGUGGAGGGAGAGAGGCUUCAGAAAGAGAGAGAGGAGGCAGAGAGACUCCAGAAGCAGAAAGAGGAGGAAGAGUCUCGACAGAGAGAGGAGGCGGAGCGACUGAGGCAGGAGAGAGAGAAACACUUCCAGAAAGAGGAGGCUGAACGCCUGGAGAGAAAAAAGCGUCUGGAGGAGAUCAUGAAGAGAACAAGACGUUCAGACCCAACAGAGAAGAAAGUUGUUCCCAACAGGAAUGGAAACGAUGCAGUGACCCCUGCCCCCCCGAGUCCAUCUGCAGUGACCUUGUCACCAACACACAAUAGCAACGGUCGCCAACCUGAGCCCAACCCAAACCCCCACACCACCGCACUGAGCCAUCCUGACCAGAGGGAAAACGGGGAGUUUGAAGAGGUGAUUGUACUGCCUUCACAUUCCAGGUUGUCUCCUCCUGAGGGAGAGGAGCAGCAGCAGGAGGGGGAGGAGAGAGCUCCUGUCUUAGCCUUCAGGGAGAACGGCCUCCUAAAGCCUCUAGGCGGAAUAGAGGACAUAUCAGCCCAGCAGGGACCAGAUGUUGCCUGAUGCCCUGCUAGACCGACAUGAUUCCACACCCAGAGAGACAGGAAGUGAGCUGGCCAGAAAGAGGUAACACAGAGCUGUUGGACUGAAUCAAAGGAAGGACUCGCCGCAUCACAGCCAGACACUUCCAGAGGUUUUACUUUCUCGCCCUCCCGCGUCAGAAGAACAACGCAGCCAUUUCCCAAAGUUGGCAUCUUCCAAAGAUCUCCAAAAAGCAUCUCCAGAGAGAAGUUACUUUUCCCUCAACAAACUACCUGGGGAACAGAUCGUCUCUCUGUCUCCGACUACGAUAGCACUUGAUCAUUAUGUUCCACCCACCGCUGAUUCUGAAGUAAAUGUCCUGAAAUCACAGGAGGAUUAAAUGUCCAUUCUGUGUGUGUGUGUGUGUGUGUGUGUGUGUGUGUGUGUGUGUGUGUGUGUGUGUGUGUGUGUGUGUGUGUGUGUGUGUGUGUGUGUGUGUGUGUGUGUGAGAAUGUAAACUAAGAUCAGUUUAAGUCUUCAGCCAUGAUACUUGAAUAGAUUUGUGUUGUUGCUGUAGAACACACUGUAAUCAGAUUGACAAAAUCAGCAAUGUGACGUUAGAACUGGAACUCACACAACAGGCUCUGAAUUACAAGGUUUCAUUAAAGUUUCAACGUUUCUAUUGAAAUGUUACAGAAGAGAUGGGAUAUAGGAGUGUCAGUGCAUGAAGUUGUAUUAAGACUACAGGAAAGAGUCAUGUAAUGUAUUUUUGCUGUGUCUACAGUGUUUAACACUAGUUAUUAUUGGGGUGAGGCAGGGGCAUUGGAGUAUGGAGUUUAAGUUAAAUAAUGACAAAAUGAAAAUACUGUUCUCAAAUAAGAAUUAGGGUGUAAACUAGUGAUUUUUUUGUUUAGUUUUAUUUAAUUGCUGUACAGAUGUAAUGUGAUUCUUUGUUUCGUCCUCAAUACUGUCUUUCUGUUUAAAUUGAGGAAAAAAAAGAUCUGAUUUGAUGUUAAGUUCAGCCCUUUCUUUUCAUUUAUUUACCUUUUACAUUUACCCCAUCAGUGCUGCAUCCUACGUCCUGUCACGCUGUCUAGACUCAGCCAGUGUUGGAGGACUCAGCUGUAGCUUAGCCACCUUGUGUUGGAGGUGGACUUUUGUUUUGGCCAAGCAAACUACAAAAUUUGUUGUUGAUGUUAAUUCUGAAAUCUGAUUCGUUUGAUUAAGGGUUAAGAAGAAAUGCUGCUAAUUUAGACGUUCCUUUGCCUUACCGCAUUGUAGAGAGAAUGAGGUGACGUGUCUUUCUCACUAAAAUGAAGAUAUCCAUUCCCACCGUGAGCUUUGACAUUCUGGCCACAUGCCAUAACUCUCCAGUGGCUUCCGUUUGAUUUAUGUUAAAAUUAUGAAAGAUUAUGAAGAAAUGUUAUAUCAUUUGAGAGCUAUAAUGUCAAACAAUUGGUCCUUUUAUACAGCUUUUCACUAAUUAAAGAUAGGAGGGGGAUUAUAGCAAAUCCUGGAACCCAACCAUUACACUUCUGUGAUAUUCACUUCCAUCUUUUACACAACCUUCCAGUAAUGCUGCUCUCUUAGCAUUUGGGUCUUUGCACUCCUCAAAUCUUGCAGUACCACCAAAAUGGAAGGAUACUCAUGUCUUGGUUAUGUAAGUGCUGGUUUCUGACAGCAGUACAUAGCAUGCUGUUCAUGGUAACUUGACUUAGCCUGAAAAUAAAUUGCUUGUAAAUUACAUUAUACAUACAUAUCCUAUAAAUUGUUUAGAAGUUGAUAUAUUUUGCUAAGACUGACAAUGCUUUAAAAACAAUAAGCCCUUUACUUCAGAAGAGGGGCUGUGGGAUGAGAUCUUGUAAAACUCAAAUCACCAGCUGUUGCAGCGGUACUGUUUGGGAAGCAAAUAAAACUUUUUGAAUUGAUUACCUAUUCACUGA